AUGCUUCUCGCGCGAACUGCGGCAGCGCCGUGCGCCCAAAGGCUGCCCAGUGCCUUCGCCAGUGCCUCCACAUCCACUCGCGCCGCCCGCCACGCCUCCUCAUCCUCUGGCACCACCCUCGACGACGGCGCCGACCCGUUCGCGGUGCUCGGCCUGAGCCGCUGCGCCACAGUUGAUGAAGCACGGGCGGCGUUCCACGCGGCGGCGAUGCGUCACCAUCCGGACCGCCAGCCGCCCGCCGAUCGCGAGGCGGCCGCCGUGUCUUUCCGCCGUGCAACAGAGGCGUACCGCAGCCUCGCCGGGCUGCUGGGGCGCGGAGGGAGCGUGGCGGAGGCGUGGGCCGCGGAGGAGCGGCGGAUGUACGACGCUCUACGCGCGCAUGGGGUUGGCGGCGGCGGAGGCGAGAGCUCCGCACGCGUAACCCGCCGGGUGGUGCGGCGAGGCGAUGGGACGCUGACAUUGCGUGUGACGACCACGACGGUGGACCGAAAGGGACGAGCGUCGAGCACAGUGGAGGAGCAUCCCCUAGGCGGGCAGGCGGUCUGGGGUGACGAAGCGGGGAGUUAA